GAUACUGUUGAAUAUGUCAACUGCAAUUCAAAAUUGAGGAUGAAAAACCAAUCCAACAUUUGUCAACCAAUCUUUCAUGUACAAUGAAUCAGUACAAGGAAUUGUUAAUUAAGCUUGAAACCCUGUAGCAAAGAUCUGAGAUAGAAACUGCAUCAAGGGUUUUUGUUCUUCCUUUCUUCAAAUUUUUGGCGAGAGAAAAGAGAUCAGGAUUGGUGAUUCUGGAGCAAGAAGCCAUGGCCAUGAUCGCAGUGCAGGUGGUGCUCGAGAAACUGGCUUCCUUUGUAGCAGAAGAAACACGGUUCUUGGGAGGAGUUAGUGGUGGAAUCGUUGAACUACAGGAUGAUUUGUAUAGCAUGAAAUCUUUCCUUCAGGAUGCGGAAGAAAGGAGUGAGAGUGAUCAAGGACUGAGAGCCUGGGUCAAACAAGUGAGAGAUGUGGCUUAUGAUGCCGAGAACAUUCUUGAAGAGUUCAUGCUCCGGUUUGCUCCAUCUCACGAGAGUGGUUUUAUCCAUUAUCUUCGCAAUUCAUAUCGUUCCAUCCGUAAAUUAAGUGCACGGCACCGGCUGGCAGUCCACUUAGAAAGCAUUAAAGCAAGGCUGAAAGCCAUUUGUUAG